AUGGCGUCCGGGUUACCAUGUUCCGCCGGGCGGCAGCUGUGUGUUUUUUUAUCAUGUUCCUUGCUGUCCGGAUCUUGGCCAGAACCGACAGCGCGUGACUUGUCAUCCAUCGUCCUGAUCUCUGCUUCCACUACCGUGUUUGGCCAUGGAGCACAAGCAUCUGAUGGAGAUCUGGUUCUUCCUUGGUGUCGCCUUGGAAAUCCUGGUAACGGCCGAGAUCUGGAACAGCAAGAUAGCAAGCACCCUGGCAACAAUUUGGCAACCCUAAUGCGCGGACUUCUCCCACUGGAUCCUGACACCUUUGGGACAUAUCUUUCUGGGCUUUCUUUGCGUUUAUGUGGAAGGCGCCUGUCUGCUCAGUCGCGGCUAUCUAAGGCCAAAAAAAUUUCGACCAGUUUCUCUGGGCUCUGGAUGCUUCACAUGGAUUUGCCAGCCUGGAUCUCCCUCAAGACAAGGUUAUUGAUUGCGGGUUACAAAGCCCAGAAGCUUUACGGCAGCUAUUGCUCAAUGGUACUCCAAGACCCGUUACACCAGUCACAACAAUGUGGAAACUUGUAUCCGGGAACUCAGCUCAGCACAAGGAACUGA